AUGCUUUUACCUUUUCGUUCUGAUCAUGUGGUGCUACUGAGUACGAACCAUAUACAACCCAACUACAAAGAACUCCCUACAAGAAACCAGUUUGGAGGUUAUGCCGACAUAAAUCUUCCCAAAGUUUACCCAUCACCGCCACCACCUGCUUACGUGGCUCCUGUUGUUUAUCCAUCUCCAUCACCACCUCCUCCAGCUUACGUCGCUCCCGUAGUUUACCCAUCUCCAUCACCACCACCACCAGCCUACGUCGCACCCGUAGUUUAUCCAUCGCCAUCACCACCACCACCAGCUUACGUUGCUCCCGUAGUGUAUCCAUCUCCAUCACCACCACCACCAGCUUACGUCGCUCCCGUAGUGUAUCCAUCUCCAUCAACACCACCUCCAGCUUAUGUAGCUCCUGUAGUGUACCCAUCGCCGUCACCACCACCUCCUGCUUACGUCGCUCCUGUUGUUUACCCAUCUCCAUCAUCAUCAGCUUACGUCGCCCCCAAGUACGAAGCACCAGAGUACACACCUAAUUACGUCGCUCCCAAGUACGAAGCACCAAAGUACACUCCUAAAUACGUCGCACCCAAAUACGAAGCACCAAAAUACACUCCUAAAUAUGUCGCACCCAAAUACGAGGGACCAAAGUACACUCCUAAAUACGUCGCUCCCAAGUACGAAGCACCAAAAUACACUCCUAAUUACGUCGCUCCCAAGUUAACAGGUCUGCUAAGUCCAUCAGAACCGGUGAAUUUGGGUGCAUCAUCGGAGAGAAGAAAACAGAGAGUACGUGUACAAAGUGAGACAAUAUGA